CCGGAUGCAUCGUCACCCAUUCACGGUUUCAACUGGCUCGUUGCCUAUAGUCGUCCAGUGUAUUUCUGUAUUCUGGCGGUCAUAGUUUUGGUACUGCAUCAUUUUUGUGAUGAUCCAAAUUAUGACAAAAUACCUUGGAAUUGGAACCCGUACCGGCUAUACGAAACUUCUGGAGAAAUGGUACUUCUGGCAGUUCGGGAUCUAUUCGCUACCUUCUUGGUAAUGUUACCGUUUGCGUUCACAAUGGGGUGGCUUCCACAGGUCAAUACUUUAAUGCAUCAUGUGCUUGAGCAGUUCGAAAUGCACAUUUUUGGCGGAACAGCGUCGCUGGGUGUCGUAAGUGCUUCCAUACAGAUUGUAAAAAGCCUUGCUGCUUGGGCCAUCCUGGGUGGUUUAUGCCAUUUGGCCUAUACAGUAGAUUCUACCACUACACAAACACCAGCAUUCUCUGCUUUUCUGUCUAUUGCUGUGGCGAUAUCGUAUCUGUUGAGCAGGUUUUCAUCAAAUCCUCAACUGUUUGUGAUCUUGCUUCGAGCAAUAUGUCCUUCGGUAGGAACCCCAAGUAACUCAGACAGUACUAGUCGUUUGUGUUGCGCUGCUGCAACGGAACAAGAAGAAGAUGAAAGAGUGAAAGAUUCAGAUGAAUUAGACGUGUCCGAUCCGCUGCCAGGGCGUCUAAAGGGUGCUGUAGUUUUACGUGCCAGGCAUGAUAUUCUUUUCUCGGCUUUCUUGUCGUUGCUCGUCUUUGCUUUGCAUUCUACUUCUCUAUUUACGGCUACACAACCGUAUUUUGCGGUAGGUUAUUAG